UUGCCCCAAGCUAGCCCCAUUCCUCGCGCCGCCGCAUCCGCCUCCGUCUCUCUCAAGCACCGUCGCCUCGCGGACGAGAACGUUAGCCGAUCAUCUCCCGCCAUUUCGUCUGUGUGGUCGUUGGUGAGGAUAUUUGAUCAGCCGCAGAGGUAUAAGCCGCUCGUGAGUAGGUCCAUAGUGCGGGGCGAUUUGCAGAUAGGGAUUGUUCGAGAGGUGAAUGUGAAACCGGGGCUUCCGGCAACGACCAACAAGGGGAGAUUGGAGUUGUUGGAUGAUGAAGAAAAAGUGAAGACGGAAGGAUUAAUUAUCUAA